AACACUGCCGCACUCUUCAACGUGUUACCAUCUGUCGCGUAACGACGUGCACCCAAGCGCGAGCGCAUCAUUUGACGUGUCAGCAUGACGUCAUGAUUUGACGUCAUUGUCUCGUGACGGUUGAAGAUCGCGUUCGUGGUGCGUACCUUGAAGACGAUACUCUCAGCAAUAAAGAGUAGAAGUUCCAGAGUUUUUUUCGUAGAAAAAAGAAUAAGUGAAACGAUGCGUGUCCUAGUGAUUGGAAUUGCCUGCUUGGCACUAAUUUACACAGUCUCUGCACAAGAUGAACCUAUGGGGGCAGACACCUCCGUCGACGUGCCGUCAGAUGGGGAUUCGAUGGAUCAGCAGCUUGACAAUACCUUAGGAAAACGUGAUGUAAGCAUGGACUACGAUGAUGAUGAUGAUGAUAUCCGCAGGAAGAGGCAGUUGGAGGGAAUUGACAUCCCGUCACCAGCAAGCAGCCAAGAUGAAGGCGAGACAAGCGAAACCGAACUUGUGCGAAAGCGCAGGGAGGUGCCGGCAGACAUUGGAGCCCCUCAAGCCGAGGCUGAUCUCCGCCAGAAACGCCAGUUCGACGAUGACGACGAUGACGACGAUUUCCUGCAAAAGAGGAGCAUUUUUGAUGAUGAUGAUGAUGAUGACGACGACGAUGACUUAAUGGACACGGUGAGCAGGUCAAGGCGGUCACUGGACGACGAAGAUGGUGAUGACGACGGCGAGGAUAUUGAUACUUUCCGUGAACGUCUGAGGAGAUCCAUAUUAGACGAUGAUGACGACGACGACGACGAUGAUGAAGAUGUCGACGACGACGACGAUGUUUAGAAGUGAAGAGCAUUUCAAUUUGAAAAAAGGAAACUUACCCAUCUUGGACUUGUUUAUCAGUGCCACAUGAAACUGUAAUAUUUGAUAAGAACAAGUUGACAGAUUGGUACGUUUGUAAUUUUUUCAAUGAGAAAAAUAAAGAAAGAACGAACAUUUUGUGCAGUAAAGACAUAAACUUUUGGUUUACUGUGUGGGACUGCACUAAGCAUAACAUCGCAUAUGGCGUGAAGAUUUUCUGGCAGGAUUAUGCAAAUAGCUGCUAUUUUGAAUAAAGUGUUUUGUGCUUCUAAUUAUCAUUUCAUUGGCAAAUGUGUCAUGUUUUUUUUCUAUUAAGAAAUGUAAAGUUAUAACUGUUUUAAAGGGUUUAGUACUAGUGUGGCUAUUUUCUUUACAAGUAGCUUUUAUCAUAAUGUAAAUUCCACAAUGUAAAGAAUUGUAAAACGUGUAGUGUGCAGCU